ACCAUCUCUUGCUUGCAAUAUCCAACUACCCUAAUGCCUCCUUUCUCAAGUUUUCUAUAUUCUCCCUUCUCUCUUUUCAUCUUCUCUUCGAUCCAAGAAAGCUAUGAUUCCUCAAGAUAUAUAUAACAAAUGCAGAGAAAAGAGAUGAACUCUUCUUUUUGCAACCACCACCAUUUCUAUUUCUCUUGUGUAGUAUAUCUUAGCUUCUCCAUCAUUGUUUUGAGGCCAGAAGAAAAAUCUACAAUCACAAGGUGUAGAAGAAGUAGCUUGCAGAAAUGGGUGUUAGCUCUCUUCGGCAUUCUGCGUUAUUUUUUUUGUUUCUUUUCUUUAGUUCAGGUUCAAGUGCUCCAAAGAAUCCUCCUUUGGAAGCAACCCACAGAAGCAACACACAAGUGAAUCGUAUGCUUUUCUCAUCUUCGGUGUAUGCUACCCAGCUUGAUACAAUCCCUGUAGUGAAUCCAAGUCCAACUGGAUUGACUCCCACACCUUUUGUGAACCCGACAACAUCACCACCAGCACCUACCACAACAGACCCAAUCACAACCCCAACCCCAACACCACCAACCACAACCCCAACCCCAACACCACCAACCACAACAGACCCAGGCACAACGCCAACGCCAACGCCACCAACCACAACCCUGACCCCGACCACUCCCACCACCACAACUCCUACAUCAUCAGGUGGAAAUUGGUGUAUUGCCAGCCAAGCAGCUUCACAAACCGCCUUACAGGUAGCUCUUGAUUAUGCUUGUGGCUAUGGAGGUGCAGACUGUGCAGCUGUUCAACAAGGCGGAAGCUGUUAUAACCCAAACACUCUCCGUGAUCACGCUUCCUACGCCUUCAAUGAUUACUACCACAAGAACCCAGCUCCUACUAGCUGCAAUUUUGGAGGAACAGCUCAAACCACCAACACUGACCCAAGUACCGGUAGCUGUCGCUAUCCAUCAUCCACAGCAUCAACCAGCACAUAUUCACCAGUUAACCCGUCACCACCACCCCCAACAACGAUGACAACACCAACAAUGCCAACAACUCCAUACACCCCAAGCAUUGCUACACCAGGUGGAUCGACAAUUUAUGGUUCGGAACCAACAGAGUCCCCCAACUCAGCCACCUCUAUCUCAUCUUGCAUGCUGCUGCUAUUCACCACGACUGGGCUCUUGGGGUCACUUCUUGCAGCAAAUUAUCUCUAAAAGGAAACUAAGUUACAACUAUUCUAUCUGCAAUUAGAUGGCAAUCCAUUCACUUGCCAGCAUCCUACAUAAAGUUCAAGGAGGCACUGAGAAUCAAAAUGAGCUACUAUGUUAUCUCCAGGCCUUGUUCACACCAUUUAAAUUAUUGCCAUACUUCAUCUAUGUACACCCAUUAGUAGCCUAUUAAGCCUGAGAAAAGGACAGAAAAGCAUAGAAAUUUUUUAGGUUCUUGUAUUUGUAGACAUAUAGGUUCUUUAUCUGCGGUUUUAGUACAAUAAAUUUUUAAUUAUUAGCUAAGUCCACCUGGCUUUAGAACUUUUUUUAUUUUUAUAUAAAA